AUGGACCAGUCUGUGGCAAUCCAGGAGACCCUGGCUGAGGGAGAAUACUGCAUCAUCAUAUCCUUCCCAGCAGUACAAGGUGUGCUGUGUGAGGGAGAAAGCAGGCAGAGCCGCCUCCUGGGACUCGUGCGCCACCGUCGGAAACGUGGCCAGGAACAUGCUCUCUUCAUGUAUAUGCACCGGAGGAUGGCCAUUACGGGGGACGAUGUCUCUUUGGACCAGAUAGUGCCAGUCUCACGGGAUUUUACGCUGGAAGAAGUGUCCCCAGAAGGCGAACUCUACAUUCUUGGCUCAGAUGUGACCGUCCAACUGGACACAGCGGAGCUCAGCCUCGUGUUCCAGCUGCCCUUUGGUUCACACACCCGGAUGUUCCUCCAAGAAGUUGCCAGGGCCUGUCCAGGUUUCGAUCCUGCGACUCCGGAUCCCGAGUUCCUGUGGCUGUCUCAAUACAGGUGCACCCGGCCGGAGCCCGAGCCGCCCACGCCGCUCGGUUGGAACUCGCCUCCAGGCACCGGGCCGCCGUGCGCCGGGAUUGGCGGAGGUGUUUCUGACUUUGAUGAUUCGAGGUCAGAUAAGAGAGGCCUGCUUGUGGACCCAAGCUCUUGUGGUCAGGAUACACCAGACAACUUGCUCACAAGACAGAAUAAAUCCAAGUAUGAAAUCACCGACAUGGUUCGCUCCUCCACUAUCACGGUAUCAGACAAGGCUCACAUUUUAUCCAUGCAGAAGUUCGGGCUACGAGAUACAAUAGUGAAAUCACGUCUAGUGCAGAAAGAAGAGGAUUAUACCUAUAUCCAGAACUUCAGGUUUUUUGUGGGAACAUACAAUGUGAAUGGCCAGUCCCCCAAAGAAGGCCUCCGGCCCUGGCUAAGCCAUGGGAUCCCGGCCCCAGAUGUGUACUGUGUGGGGUUCCAGGAGCUUGAUCUGAGUAAGGAAGCCUUUUUCUUCCAUGAUACCCCAAAGGAGGAAGAGUGGUUUAAAGCUGUAUCAGAAGGUCUUCACCCAGAUGCCAAGUAUGCAAAGGUGAAGCUCAUCCGACUGGUGGGGAUUAUGCUGCUGCUGUAUGUCAGACAUGAACAUGCAGCGCACAUCUCCGAGGUGGAGGCCGAGACCGUGGGGACAGGAAUCAUGGGGAGGAUGGGUAACAAAGGAGGCGUGGCCAUCAGGUUCCAGUUCCACAACACCAGCAUCUGCAUCGUGAAUUCUCACUUGGCAGCCCACACAGAAGAGUAUGAGAGGAGGAACCAGGACUAUAAAGACAUCUGUUCUCGAAUGCAGUUUUGUCAGAUUGACCCAGGCCUUCCCCCUCUCACCAUCAGCAAGCACGAUGUGAUCUUGUGGCUGGGGGACCUCAACUACAGGAUAGAAGAGCUGGAUGUGGAGACGGUGAAAAACCUCAUCGAGGAGGAGGACUUUCAAACCCUGUAUGCGUAUGAUCAGCUGAAAACUCAGAUGGCUACCAAGGCUGUCUUUGAAGGCUUCAUUGAAGGCGAGCUCACGUUCCAGCCUACCUAUAAGUAUGAUACUGGCUCCGAUGACUGGGAUACCAGUGAGAAGUGUCGUGCUCCUGCCUGGUGUGACCGGGUCCUCUGGAAAGGGAAGAACAUCACGCAGCUGAGUUACCAGAGCCACAUGGCCCUGAAGACCAGUGACCACAAGCCUGUCAGCUCCGUGUUUGACAUCGGGGUGAAGAUGGUCAAUGAAGAACGUUACCGGAAGACUCUGGAGGAGAUUGUUCGCUCCCUGGACAAGAUGGAAAAUGCCAACAUUCCUUCUGUGUCCCUUUCUAAGCGAGAGUUCUGUUUUCAGAAUGUGAAGUACAUGCAGUUGCAAGUACAGUCCUUUACAAUUCAAAAUGGACAAGUUCCCUGUCAGUUUGAAUUCAUCAACAAGCCUGAUGAAAAGUCUUACUGUAAGCAGUGGCUGAAUGCCAACCCCAGCAGAGGCUUCCUCCUGCCAGAUUCUGCCAUUGAGAUUGAAUUGGAGCUAUUUGUAAAUAAGACCACAGCUACAAAGCUCAACUCAGGUGAAGACAAAAUCGAAGACAUUCUGGUUUUGCACUUGGACAGGGGAAAGGAUUACUUUUUGUCUGUGUCUGGGAACUACCUGCCCAGCUGUUUUGGAUCUCCCCUUCACACAUUGUGCUACAUGAAGGAGCCGAUCUUGGACCUGCCACUGGAAACAAUUAGAGAGCUGACUCUGAUGCCCCUACAGACUGAAGAUGAUGGGGUCCAGUUGGAGAACCCCUUGGGAAUCCCCAAAGAGCUCUGGAUGAUGGUUGAUUACCUGUACCAAAAUGCUGUCCAGCAGGAAGAUCUGUUUCAGCAGCCAGGCCUGAGGUCGGAAUUUGAGCAUAUCAGGGACUGUUUGGAUACUGGAAUGAUUGAAACCCUCUCCGCCAGCAAUCAUUCUGUGGCUGAAGCCUUGCUGCUUUUCCUGGAGAGCCUGCCAGAGCCCGUCAUCUGCUACAACACCUACCAUAACUGCUUGGAGUGUUCUGGCAACUACACUGCGAGUAAACAGGUCAUUUCUACCCUCCCUACAUUCCACCAAAAUGUCUUCAACUACUUGAUGAUGUUUCUGCGAGAACUGCUGAAAAAAUCAGCAAAAAAUCAUUUGGAUGCGAAUAUUCUAGCUAGCAUAUUUGGCAGCUUACUGCUUCGAAACCCAGCUGGUCACCAAAAGCUUGACACGGCAGAGAAGAAGAAGGCUCAAGAAUUUAUUCACCUAUUCCUCUGCAACUCACCCUGAGCCUAUCUCCUCUCCUAUUUUACUCGAGGCAGCCAAUUACCAGCCCCACCUGUUUAAGAUCAAGAACUACCACAAGAAGUCGUGAGGCCUCUUGGAAACAAAAGCGGCAGCUGCCUGUUUCCUGAGCCCUGACCCCCCCCCCCCCCCGUGGCUGUCACAGUCCCGUCACUCUGAGUUCUGAAGACAUGGGGGAAAUCCGCCACAAUAAAACUGACAGUCAAUGUUCAACUUUAGUUAUUCAACACAGAUCUCUCUAUUUUUUUAAACUUUAAAGAUGUUUAAAUAACUGUAUUUCCUGUGCUCACUCAGAGUGCCUCCUGGGCAUAGUCAGUGCCUUCCCUGUAGCCUGGACUGGGCUCCCCAUGACCAGAUAUUUGAACAAACUUUGGGGUCCUAAAGGGAGAAUGAAUUGGACAGCAAGAAUGCAAGUGGAAUCUGCUGGAUAAACAGGUCACAGCCACCCCAGAUGUUUCCAGUGCUCUAAGGACGUGUGUAUAUGUAUAUACAAACCCUACCCCUUUUCCUACUCAGAUGUGGCUCAGCAACUCUGGGGCUGGCCACUCAGCCUCAGGGCAAUACAGUGGCUUGAAAAUGAAGGUACCGAAGAAAGUGGUGUUUGGUGAAACAAAUGGGAUUUUCUGGGUCAACAAAUCCUCUGAACUGUGUAUGAUGCGUCCCCUCUCUCAUAUAUGUAAUAUAUUUUAAUGAUAAAU